AUGUCUGUAGAGGCGAAAAACGAAAAAAGCGAAAACCUAGUGAGGGAGAAAAUAUCGGAGGAAGUAUCGGACUUCUCAGAUGUAAGCUCAGGUUUGAGUCUUAGCUCGCAAGAUACAAAUGGAGAAGAUUUCGAUGGAGACACGGUUGGAUCUGUAACAACAGAUUCCAAGCCUUCUGAAAAUUCUGCUAAAGAAGAACAAGUCACAAAAGAACCACCGAAAGAAGAGGCUGACAAGAAGGAUAUCUCAAAGCCCAAAACAUUGAAUAUUAAAACCAUCGCUCCGAUUACCGGUAACAAUGGAGGGAAAGAAUCGCAUGAAUCUGAGCUCGCCCGAAUGGUUAAAAGACUCACUGGAAACUCGUUCCAAAAUACCUCGAGCUCUCAUCCCAGCCGUGAAAAAUCCUGGGUACCGGUGAGCAAAUCAUCUUGUGAGUCUCAAUCAUCAAGCUCACCUGAAGAAAUUCCGUCAGACUCUGCUCUGGAAAAACCAGCAGAAAAGAUAGAAGGAAAUGUGAAGCCUGAAACAAUCUCGACCACAGAGCCAGAAGAAAAACCUGACAUAGAAGAUUUAUCGAAAGAAGGCCAAGAACCGCAGAAAGAUCAAAUUGAAUGUAAAAAGGAUGAUUCUUCAGGAAGCAAGUCUGGAAAAUCAGCGAGGCAAUAUAAACGUCGCGUUGGGAGUUUAAGCCUUUCUGUCCGCCCAAAGCCAAAGCAAAUCCAAUCAAUUCAAGAGCAAAGUGCUCCAGACGCCGAAAAAUCAGUAGAAAGUGGCCUAACACCUCCCGUAGUUCGAUUUCCUCCAAAAGUACCAAGAACAACUUCAAAUGUUUCGACAGAUUCAGACUCCGAGUUUCUUCCCAGGAAGGAGAAAUAUAAAGAUGUGGUGAAAAAUAAGCUGGCAAAUAGAGCAAAAAUUAAUGAAGCGAAUAAAUUAGAUGCUAAAUUGGACAAUAUCGUGGAAGAUCCGCUGAGCGAUGGCAAUCAAAAUACAUCCGACGAUGCAGAGAGCAUGCCAGUCUCUUAUCAAGUGGAAGAAUCUGUCAAUAUUCCUAAGGUCAUCGAAGAAGAGCCCGAGUUUCAAGAAGAAGUGCCAAAAGAAGAGCCAGUUUCUGCGCCGCAAAUUGAGGUCAAAACUGAAGCCGAUGAAGUGUCUGUCUCCGAAGUUUCCGAAGUGCACCAAGAAGAGCUAAAAAAGAACUUGACUAACCAUCAAAAAGUACCAACAAAAUCGCGAAAGCCGCUGGCAAGAAAAGGAACUCCAGGAGUAAACAUUCAGCAAAUACCUGAGGAAAAAUCUGAAAUCUCUCAAGCCGAAUCGUCAAUUUCUGAAGCGCCCGAGAAAAAAUCAAGGAAGAAGAAAAAAGACAAAAACAAGGAGAAGUCUCUUCCAAAAGAAGAAACAGCCGAAAAACCCGAAUCAUCGACACUGGAAGAUGACGAAAAGUUGAAGAAGGAAUACGAAGAGUUUGUUGAAAAACAAAAAGAAGUCGAGAAACAACUAAAAGAAGAAAAACGAAAGGCGAAGAAGUCGAAAAAGAAGCAAGCAAAAUUAGAAAGUGUAAAAGUCACCAACAUCUUUGAUAUCCACGACAAGAGCUGGUCCGAUUCUGUCAAAAAACUGCCACCCGAAGACUUGGCCAAACACGAGCGCAGAAACUCGUAUACUGUAAAACUCGUCCAGAAAGCAGCAAUGGACAAGAAUGGGAACAUGGUAAAGAUGGUGCACCUGGCAAAGAAUGAGAGAAAAGCUGAACUAGCAAACAUCAAGGAAAGCUUGAACGAACGGCGAAUGAGUUGUGACACGCUGGACGAUUUGAAAUCGAUGAAAUCUUGCAUGACAGUGGACUCUUCUUCCAAACGGAGUUCGAGCUCGCAGUCGCAAAAUGACUCGAUGCUGGACAUAAUUUUGCCACGACCAGUCUUUCGCUGGGUCGAUCCAACCCUCGUCCCACGAUUCACCCAUCGAAUCGAGUUCCAAGACGUUGACCACGAAGCACUCGGGUCGAACACGCCCGAAGCAGUCAUUCACGACAUCGUUCAUCGGCAAAAAUUCACAGAUGGCAAGAUGCGAAGUCAGAAUUUCAAAAACCUGGUUUCGAUCAUUCGCGGAAAUGGCCUUGCCCGAAAUAAUUUUCUUUUUCAAAAGAUUCUAGAGCAGCGUGGAUCUGUGCCCAUUAUCUUGAAGUCCCUGGAAGGAGCUGGUUUUGACAACUUUUCAAAAGCCCUCGAUUUGUUUGAAAUAUUCGUUGGAGAUGGAAGCAAGAUCAAUUUGGCGAACGAUGUUUCUUUGCCAAGAGUCGCGUUUAUUUCCGACAAGGACAAAAAAGAACGCAACCCAAAAUUGAUCGAACUCGCUCUUCAUCACACGGUGACAUCAGGGACAUCGAAUGUCACAAAAUUAAGAGUUUUCAAAGAAACAUUUGUCGAAAUCGGCAUCGGAUUCAUCGAUGUUGAAAACAAGUCCCAACCGGAUCCUUGGAUAGUCCUGAAUGUUUCAGGAAAAUCAGAAAAGCUCAUGGAUUUUGUCGAGAAAUUUGCGGAUGUCAUUGUAUCUGACGGGGAUAGUUACACAAUGCACAGUAAGAACGGCACUGUUCCUUUGCAAAAUGAGUCAGAAGAGCUUGAUGAAAUCGCGGACGAGCUGAACGAGCAUCUAUCAAAGUGGAAGUGGUUUGACGAACGAGUUUCGCUGCAAAAACUGAGGGCGGAAAAUGUCGAGCAUUUUUACGCAUCAUCUGGGGUCGAAGCACUCGAUGCCGCGGUCAAGUCCUGUUUGGCUUCGAAAAAUGUUCUGAGAAAUGAACUAGGGCUCCAGGAACUCUUCCAAAACUACUGCAACCUUUUGGACGAAAAGAAUCUGUCGCUUUCCGAAGAGACGGAAGAGCUAAAACGCGCUAGAGAGACGUACCAGCAGCAGAUUAAAACGAGCCGAAUUUGUGGAAUUAUCGACGUUUUUCUACGCGUGCUUCAGAAUGAGGACGACGAGCUACGAAUUCUCGGAUUCAAGACGUUCUCGCAUGUUUUUGAACGACUCGUGGGGCAAUACACCGCCGAAUCGUAUCAGAAUUAUUUGACUGCGGCGAACAAUAUGCAGCAAAAAGGAGGGGAAGAAGCACGAAAAGAUUUCUUCAAGGCUAAACUUGAGUACACAAAACAAUCUGUUUCUCUGACUCAAAUCUGGCGGGAGAUGAGCCACGUCUAUGUCGGAAAUCCGCGACGAACCAAGAUCAAAUUCCUCCCUUCCAUCGCUGCGCAACAUCUUUUGGAUGGUUUCCCUCUAGAAUUACAAGACGGAGAUACAGGGCAUUUGAACGAGAAGUGGCUCGAUGCAGUCUUUCAUUCUGUCAUUGAGAAAAUUGGAGACGUCCGGGUCUUCGUACAGUCAGUUAUUGGGGUCCAAUCUGCUGGCAAAUCAACUCUUUUGAAUACGAUGUUCGGGACGCAGUUUAGCUGCGGAGAUGGAAUGUGUUCUAGGGGAAUCAAUAUGCAACUGGUCAAAUCCAAGUUUUCUCCGUUAUUUGACUACAUUCUAGUGCUCGAUACAAAAGGAAUUAGAGCUCCUGAGUUUGCAGGAAGAGCAUUUAGCGAGAAUAAAGACAAUAAAAUGGCGACAAUGAGCAUCAUUCCUUCUGAUUCUACAAUCAUGAUGACGGUUGGGGAUGACGACUCAGCAGUGAAGGAUAUUUUACCAAUCGUUCUUCGCGCUUAUCAAUCGAGUUCCAUAGCUGAAGAAUCGGGUCUUACAGUCCGUCCGAAAAUGACAGUUUUAUACAAAGUCAAUAAUGCGAAUGGACAUUCUUUCAAUGCGACUUUGAACGAGCGACUUUCUCUCGUUGAAAGCUUGCGAUCUGCGAACGAGAUUUUGAAUGAUUGUGGCGUUAUUGGAGAUUCUAUGGAUGAUGCGGUGUAUAAUUCUGUGAUGAGCGUGGCUGGAGCUAAGAAAGAAAAGGGGAAGAACGAGCUCAGGGACGUGAGCAUUUCUUUCAUCAAUAUCUCCACGGGCGACAACGAGCUCGAAGGCAAUAUUAAGUUCAUUGGGCAGCUCAAAAGUUCUCCCAAUCCUCCUGAUGACAAGCCUGAGCCCGGUUUUGGAAAACGAGUUCGCGAGCUUCGAAAAUAUAUUCACAGCCAAACUGUCGAUUCCAGAUACGAGCCGAAGAGAUUGUCGGAAUGGUGGGGUCUCAUGAAAGAUGUUUCCAACUCCAUGUCCACAAUGGACUUCAAUUUCAACUUCAAAAACGCCGUCCAACUCCGAGCAUACAACCAGCUCAAGAAUGCCGAAAAAAAGCUCAAGCGCGAUCUUGAGCGAAAAAUGUCCAGCGCCACCGAGCGGUUGGAAAAACUAACCGCAACGAAGGCGGCCGAGCUUGAUGCUAAAUAUGAGACGAUUGACGAAUUGGUGGAGGAUCAUCGGCACGAUUGUGGGGUGAUUGUCGAGGAGUUCAUCCAGAAUCAUGAAAACUUACUCAAAGAAAAACACUUUGCCUCGCUUGGCGGAAACAAGCCCACGUUUGUUAAUCACUGGACAAGUCAAGCUUCAAGAAUAAACGACACAAAAGGAUAUCUUUUCAAACGCUUUGCAUCCAACACGCUCAAGUUCAACACCAUCCUUGCCCGCUACGAGCAGCAGUUCCGAAACAAGCUUCGAAAAGCAUGGGAAAACAACCCAUCGAUGAAAGAAAAACCCGAAGAGUACCAAAAAUUCUUCGAUAAAGAGUACAAUUCUUUCUAUGAAGAGCUAAAAGCCGAUCAACCGCCGCAAAUCGAUGUUCAAGCCCGGGUUUACGAACGAUUCCGGGACUUUGAAGUGCAGCUAGAAUCCGACAAAGCAAAGCGGGAAAAGAUGGACAUCUCGGGAAAAAUGAUGAAAAUGAUCGUGGGCGAAAAAGAUGGCAAAGAAGACAAAGCGUUUCUGGAGACAUGGAAGAAACCGCUGAAAGAGAAGACAUCCACAAUCAGAAAAUGUAAAACGGAUGAAGAUGGAGAACAGAUCUGGUCGACAGAGUCGGUAACCGGUCUUGACGAAUCAUCUUCAUUGAGUUAUUACGCCAAAGGAAUCAAGCAUUCCAUCGACGACAUUCUCCAAAACUGUGAAAAAUUUUCAACAAGCGUCGUGGACAAAAUCCUCUACAAAGUCCACCAGCAAGUAAACAAAGUCACCAAAAAGCAUCGCGAAGCACUUUUGUUUUAUAUUUUCGCGAAAAAGUACACAACCGAGAGUCUCGAAAGAGUUCACUCAAAGUGGGAACAAGAAAAUAAUAUCGUCGAGCGAUUUGGAUCGGCAGAAAGCAAGGAGAAAAUGUGGCUGAAUUUUGAAGCAAGCUGUAAAGAUCUGACGGAGUUUCAAAUGCUGAUGGAGCAGCUCAAGAAUGAAAUUAAAACGGCGGUUGUUAAGGGCUUCCAAGAGUUUGCCGCUGAAGAGGUGAGUAUUAAAACAGCGAGUUCCAACGAUUUGGAAGCUGAAAAAAUGUGGAAGACGAUGGAAAUCGACUUGAUGAAGACCUCGCAGCUGGCGAACAUCACUUUCAAUGAUGAAACAAAACUACUGUUAGCCACUGAAAUCGCUAAAACUCUCUGUCUCUCGAAAGACAAAGAAUUUGUCCAAAAGAUCGCCUCCUCGGUGAAAGAUCUUCGUGGGGAAGUGUCGAAGAUCUUGUUGAAAAAUGUUUCCUUCCCUGCCGCGCAUUACUGGCGAAUUUUCGAGCGGCUAGUAGAAGCUCACUUUUCUAUUAACGAAACGAAGAAUUCCCUGGAAGUCAAACUUGAGAAGCAUUUUGAUUCAAUUAUCGAGGAGAGCGAGAAAAGGGACUCAAUUCUUGAGAAACUGAAAUUUCUUUCCAGCGCAGUGGCGAAUCCAGAUGAUGCUCGACUGAGGCCGAUUUGCAAGAAUUUACUUUCAAGCUGGUUUUCUGAUAAAUUAGAAGUCGCCGAAACGAACAUUUCAUUUGAAGACGAAUUAAAGCUCAUCAAAAAAGAAUGCCGUCGCCUUAUAAGUACUGUCGAAGCGCCAAACCCUUCCGACCUAUCAGCAGAGGUGCGCAAAUGUCUCCUCAAGCGAGACACCGAGGCUUCUAUGGCCAGAUGCGCGUCCACCUGUCCAGUUUGUCACACCAUUUGUCUGAAAGAAGCCGGCCAUUUGGACAAGCACGACGGCAAGCAUCAGCCACUUGGGUUGGCUGGAAUUUCGAGCUAUAAAAGUAAUCGUCUAAGCUUUUGUUCAUGCGCUGAAGCUGUUUCUCGACGAGCUUGGAUUUGCAAGGACAACAAGAAGAAGAUGUCAAUGAGCUGGAGCCCUUUCAAGGCAAAGAGCAUGUUCAAAGGCUGGCAAAUGCCUGUAAAAGACACUGUAACAAAGGAAAAUGAAAAAGUUCCAACGCGCGCGAUGAUCCUCCUCGAGUUCAACCGCGAGUUCUCCUCUUACUACGGCAAAAAGACGAGCGCGGAAGAAGAGCUGAACAAGACGGCGAAUUCGAUUAAAAAGAUCCACGGUCAUUUGGACGUCGGGAGGUUUAUAAAAAAGCUGAGCGCGAAUUGA